AUGGAUUUAAACGGGAAUGAGUGAAAAAUCGUAAUUUUUAAAACGUGGUGAUUUAUUUGCUUAAAAUUUAAUUUUGCCAAAGGAUCGCCACGUAUUUACUCUAUGGAGUGAUAGGAGGGAUCAUUAGCUUAAAAUUGUUUUGGGGUAGACCGGGCAAAAAUGUACCUACCGAUUUAAAAAAAACUAUCGACCUGCUUAAAAAUUAUAAAUAAUAAAGGCCCAUUUUGGGACAUGUCCUUUGCUCGGCGACAGGGUUCCCAACUUAGAGGUUUUCCCCCCUGAUUUAGGGGGCAAAUAAGUGAAAUGGGAUUUUUUUAGGGGUCAGAAAUUUUUAGGGGUAUUUUCAGGGAUUUUUUGAAUCUUUAAUAUUUUUAAAUUGAUGAUAAUUUUAAUAUUUCUUUCUUGACCUAGCGACUUAUAACGACAUAUUAUUCUACAACCACUCUGAGGCUUAGACCAUGAAUAACUUAUUAAUGGUCUAAGCUCUGAGGCAACUGCCGGCAAUUUUUAUCGAAUAAAAAACUUGUUAAAUUUAUUCAUUGUCAACAUGUAUGAUUUCAAAAAAUCUGUAUCUUUAGAUAACGACGUAAUAUUUUGUCUGUAUUAAAUAUAGACUUUUGAAACAUAUUACAGCAUAUUAUUUCUAAAUUAUUAUGAAUUUAUAUUGUUUAGGGGGACAACUCAAUAAUUAAGGCGAUUUUAGGGGUUUUUGACACAAACUUUAGGGAUAAAUAUUUUGGAGAGUUGGUAACACUGCUCGAAUAGUGAAUACAGUACUGUUAUCUAAAUAUAUGACCACAAGUUUAAUUACAAGUUAAGAUAUUGACAGAAAACUUGGAAAAAAUGGUGCGAGUCAUAGCGGAAAGUUUAGAUACGACAAUAUUGAACAAUGUUUUCGUAGACAAAACAAAUGUUGAAGCUCAAAUAGAGAGAAUACUUCAGAAAUAUCCAGUGCUCGAGUCUAACAGUAGUAAUUAUAUGCAAUGGUUACUUAAAGCUGUAACUUUGAUCGACCUCACAACACUCUCGGGGGAUGAUACUCGCUCUAAUGUCACCAGGCUGUGUGUUAAGGCUGCCAAUCCACUAGCAUAUAUGGACAAAAGCGCAAAAAUCAGAACAGCAGCUGUGUGUGUGUAUCCAAGCAGAGUAAGUGAUGCACACAAUGCCAUCAAAAGAAUGGGCCUCACUGCAGAAAUCCAAGUAGCUGCAGUCGCAACUGGCUUUCCAUCAGGCCAAUAUCCUAUACACACCAGGCUGCAAGAGAUCAAAUAUGCCACAGAAAUGGGUGCUACAGAGAUAGAUGUAGUUCUAGACCGCAGCCUGGUUCUGAUGGGGAAGUGGGACACUUUGUACAAAGAGGUUGUACAGAUGAAGGCAAUGUGUGGAGCUGCUCAUUUGAAAGUCAUCCUCGGAGUGGGUGAACUCGGUACAUAUGAAAAUGUGUACAAGGCAUCAAUGGUGUCCAUGUUGGCGGGGGCGGACUUCAUUAAAACCUCGACAGGGAAAGAGGCCGUGAAUGCAACUUUGCCUGUGGGACUGGUCAUGUGCAGGGCUAUACGGAACUACUACAAGAUGACGGGUACCAAGGUAGGGUUAAAACCAGCCGGGGGCAUAAAGACGUCCCGUGAUGCAGUCAACUGGUUAGUGUUGGUGCACACUGAGCUGGGGCCUGAGUGGCUCACACCGGAGCUCUUCCGCAUUGGAGCCUCCAGCCUCCUCGACGUCUUGGAGAAAGAUAUAAAAGAUAUAUACAUUAAAGGUACUUUAACUUUUAGGGUAUAAAUGAAAGGUAUUAAGAUCCUUAAUACCUUUAUUGAUCAUUUAUAAAUUGGCAAUACUUUUUUAUUGUGUAUGAUAAUGUUAAUGUUGCUGUCACAAAUAUAAAUUCUCAAUGGUUUAAAAAUUGUGAUUUGCAAUAUUUUUUCAAUUCUAGUUUUUGUUAUUGUUAAUGAUACUUCUAAUGUUUUGUUUUUUUUUUUUUUUAAAGAAUAUUUGCCAUAUCUUUUAUAAUAUGGCCAAUAUUCCCAUUCCCCUCCAAGUAGUCAAGAAAGACUGUGCUAGGAGUGACAAUAGACCAACAGGGUGGGGAUCGAACCACCACCCCUCGGUGAUGGCCGAGUCUCACCUCUCCUACCGUUGAGCUAUUGAGGUUUAUAACUUUCAAUGUUGCUUUCAUAAGAUUCAAACUACUUUGCAAUUUGCGUUCAAAAUGUUUCUUUUUUCAAGCAUAUAUAAAUUAGCAACACAUUUUUUAUUGUUAAUGUUAAUGCUAAAUAAUGUUGCCAUCAUUAAAUUACUUUACAUUUUGCUUUAUAAUAUGAAAUAUAUUUUUUUAUUCAAGCAUUGUAAAUUUGCAACAGUUUUUGUUAUUGUUUUAAUUCUACUGUUAAAGUUGCUAUUACAUUUUUUUUGAUAACUAACAAUAUUGCUACCACUAUAAAAUACUCAUUUUGGUUUAAAAUUUGUGAGAUUUGAUGUUUUUUUUAUUUUUAUUGUAUAAGUGUUUAGUACUAUCUACUUACUUCUAUGUUUUUUUGCGCCUGGCUACAAGUACAUGUGAUGUAGACAGUAUCGUCGCGCAGUGUCUAUGAAUAAAUCAAGACAGACAGAUUGAAAUGAAAAUUUGAUAAACGGGUUUUUAUGUCGACGGCUGUUGUCGACAGGUGGCCACGGCCAGUUGACCUUGUCGUUGGCUACGUACUGCUCGUGUAAAUGAGCCAAAAAAUACACAAAGGCGUCAGUUCUGUCAACUUACUACUACAUAUACCAAACAAACUGUCUUACGCAUAUAAAAGAAUUACUAUAUUACUAAUGUUGCUAUCACAAAAAAAUGUGACUUGCAAUAUUUAUUUUUAUAAAGCAUGUAUGUGUAUUUCAACAGUGUAAGAUUCAGAAUCACCGUGAGAUUAUUUUGUAAUUUAUGGGAACAAUAGUGUAAGAGAAUAUUUGACUAAAAGUUAUUAUAUUAUAUACAUUUUAAAUAUAUUAUUGCACAAUAAAAUAACUGUAAAUAAUAUGUGAUCAUGAUAGAAGAUUACAAGUAUACAUACUUGUAUGAUAUGUACAAUAUUUUUUAUAUUUUUACAAAUAUGUAUACAAAGAGAUAUUUUUAUGUUUUGUGUAUUUUAUUUAUAUAAAUAUUAUGUAAAUACCUAUUAUAAAUAAAUUCAUUUUAUAAACCAGUUUUUUUUGUUACCAAAAUUUCCAGCUAUAAAAUAUAAAUGAAAACAGUCGCUUUUAUUUAAUUAUUUUUUAUUUAACUUAAAAAGUAAGAAUCACUACGAAAAUAUAAAUAGUUAAUUUAACAUUUCUUAUUUAUUAUAAAAGGUCUAAUUUAUUCAGUAUGUCGCAAAUAUUGUGAUUUAUGGCACGGACAUACCUUUAAAAUUUAUAUUAUUAUUAAUUAUUCAGUAUACUAUUAAGAUACUAUGGUACAUAGAUGAAACCAAAAACUAAGAAAUCAUUGUUCCUCCUUCAGUAAGCUUCAGUAUGUAUGUUUUUGUAGACCUUUAAUUUUAAAGUUCAGAAAAUUAGUCUAUUAUUUAGCGAAAAAUGAAAAAAAAAAUUAAAUUAAGUACUACUUUGAACAAAUUACACGUAUUAAUUAUGUAAAAUUUAAUUUAAUGCAUGCAAAUCUAUCUUCAUUUCAGGUUUCAACUAAAUAUUUUCAGUAGAAUUUGGCUAAUGAAAGUAGAGACUGAAAUCACCCGCCAAAUUAAAAAAAAAUAUUUAAACAAA